AUGGAUAAUUCUACUACGCAAAGUGUAAAAGAAAUUUUCGGAACGGAUUUUCAACAAUAUUGUUUGGAUCACAAGCUAUUACUUAAGAAAGAUAAGUGUGAUGCUUUCAUUGUGCCUAAUGUUAAUGCUUUAACAGAAACCACUCUUAUUCUUGACAAACUUAAAUUCAAAGUAAAUACGCGAUUGAAGAAGUUACAGAAAAAAGAAAGAAAUAAUAGGCAAAAAUUAUAUGAGCAAUAUAAGCCUAAUAUGCAAAAGUGGAAGAAAACAUAUACAAAAGUUACACAUCAUAAUGUAUUUCUCAUGAAUUUACAAGUGGAAAUUUCUUUAUAUGAUACAUCUUCAGUCUUACCUAGUUUUGCAGAUCAUAAAGUUCCAAUAAACUACAUUUUAAACACAGCUAAAAGUGGAAAUGAAAUAUAUGAAUACAUUAUAAAAGAAACUAUGAAAGAUAUUCUUAUUGUUAAUUAUGAGAUUUCCAUUCCAUUGAUUUCUUCAAUUUUAAAGCAAUUUCAGAAGCAGCAUAAAAGAUUCCAUUAUUUUAGUGUUUUGAAGAAUUUAACUCAUACACAAGAACUUAAUGAAAAUUCAAAAUAUGAGUAUGCAACUACUAAAAAGCAAUUAAAAUCAUUUUUUGAUCUUGUAACUGCUAAAGUAGUUCCUCUAAGUAUGUUUGGAAAAUUGCAAAAUUUAAAAAAAAUAAAGAAAGCUAUGUUCCAGUUAUUGAAUACACCACGUUCCAAAUCUUUCAAUUUGAUGCCACUUAUUAAUAAAAUAGAUAUUUCUAGCAUUAUGUGGUUAAAAAAUAUUGAAAAUGUGAAGAUAAAAUGGCUAAUCAUAGCAAAAUUUGUAAAAUGGUUCUUUGCUGGAUUUCUUUUAAAAGUACUGUAUACUUAUUUUCAUGUAACAUCAGCUUCUACAAAAACUAAUGAAAGAUUAUACAUAAUGCGUUCAAAUUGGAAUAGCAUUCAAAGAAAAUUUAUUAGAACAAAGGUACGUUUAAAUACCUUGCAACCUGAUAUCAAGUGUAAUAAAUGGAAUCCUCCAAUAGGUGUAUAUAAAUUGCACCCUAAACCUUCAAGUGUGCGACCCAUUUUUAUGCCGCAGUGUCCUGAUAAUGAUAAACAUCAUUUGAACAUAGUAUUUAAAUUUUUGAAACAAUUAUGUGUUACAAAAUAUGGAUUAACUAAUUUUGAAGAGGAAUGGAAAUCAAUUGUGCAAUUUAAACGUAAUUUGAAGGCAAAACAAUUAUACUUCAUAUCUUGUGAUGUGGUAGAUGCAUUUGGUUCUAUAAUACAGGAAAAACUAUAUGAUAUUAUACAAUCACUUUGCCAAAAUCUUCCUGAAGCUUUAGUACUCAGAUAUUACAUAAUAAAAAGUAAAAUAUUCAAAGAUAAUAUAUGUUAUAAGCAGUACUUCAAUGAUCCAAAUUUGCAAUUACCUUUUGCAUCUGGUACAUUAUAUAAAAUUAUCUAUAAUUUCAUCAAGAAAUUUAUAGAAGUGUUGUGUUUUAUUAAUUUAUGUAUAUGGGAUAGAUUUUUACAACUAAUACAAAAAGGAGUCCCCCAAUACAAUUGUUACUUUAAAAAAUUAAAAACCCAAAGUAAUGUGAUCUAUGAUGGAAAUACUGUUAAAGACAAUAUUGUUUAUAUUGGUUAUAAAAUUAAUUGUACUACUUUGGAAGUAGAACCUAAUUAUUCAAAGACACAUUUACGGUAUUUAACAUCAUUUUGCAUGAAAGGUGAUCUAACUCCUCUACAAGUUUUUAAACUACGCUUAAAUAACAUAGCAUCUUUAAAAUUAUCAAAGAUUAUUUUAAAUAGUACAGUUAAUUCUAAAAGAACUAUUAUAAAAAUAUUGAAAGAAUUAUGUUUAAGACAAGCAAAACGUGCUUGCAUAUUAAUAGAAGCAUUAUUUGAAGAUGUGCAAAAACAUAUUGAAGACAUAUUUAAGAUCAUCAAAAAUAAUAAUGAAAGAUUUGCAAGAUAUAUUAUAAAAAUUUUUCUUAAAUGUUCAGAAAUAUGA